ACAACGAUGGUAUUGAUCCAAAGCUAUGCUAUCUUAUAAAAAAUUUGGAACCUUUUACAUAUAGGUGCUCACACACUGAAACACACAACACCACACACCUAAGGUUCACAGAAUCAAUUUACAACCUUACCUCACUUACACCAAACGAACAAAAACCAAAAACUUUUGUGUGGACUAACCGAAAGGAAGGAACUUAUUGUGUGGGAGAAUGCGAAUCUAGCAUGGACAAUUUCACCAGCCCACACAAUUGUUCAUGGACUGUCCAUCAUUGCUUUAAUUUAACCACCUGUGGUUACACUAGGCCCAGGCAAUGCCCAGAAUUGCACCCAAUUCCUCCUGGUGGACUGAUUAGAGGAAAUGUAAAUAAGACAUUAUUACAUGAUGUAAAUUUAGUAAUGACACAUGUAACAUACAAUAUUUCAAAUGUUCUCUCUGCUUACAAAGAACACUGUAACGAUGAUGAUGAAUCCUAUGCAUGGCUACAAUCACGAUUCGAUGAUUUAAUCUCUGAUUACAAAAGCAGACUCGCUGUUCAAAUUUCACCUGCUCGGUCAAAACGAGACCUGUUAGGCAAUAUAGCCGGCUUAUUUGGCUCAAUCAAUUCAGCAUCUAACUCCUACAAAAUAACCCAACAAUCUCAAUUCUCUACAUGGUUGGCAGACCAGAUAGCUACUGGAUUCCAACAUCUCACCAAUAGCAACGAAAACAUCAUAAAAGCGGUUAGAUCCGAAGCGCAGGCGCUUCUUGAGAUCAGCCAUACAUUAUUCAAUCAGACACGUACCAUCGAACGUGGUUUAGCCUGCAGAUCAUAUGCUCAAGAUUUAUUUUCUACUACAAGACAGGAGAUCCUAGAUCUCCGCCUCCAUAAAACACCUAGGCAUGCUCUAAGUGACCUGAUUGAAAUCUUAGAUCUACAUAGGUGGCUUUCAUCAGAAAAAAUGAAAAAUGUGAAAUAUUCUGAAUUAUUAUCAACCGUUAUGAUGCACACUGGUAAUGAAUGUAAUGGAUGCAUUGGAUUUUUUGUCACAUUUCCCUUGAUACAUCCAGAUCAAGUCUACCCAAAUUCUACCACUAUUCGAUCGAUUGGCAUGGUAGUGAAAGACCAGGUAAUUAAAUGGGAUCAUCUUACCGGAUACAUGACCUUAAAGGGUACUGAGACCUUGUUUACCAGUCGCACUUGUUGUCAUGAGACCCACAACUAUGUUGUAUGUACAUGUAACACAUUACAACCUUUUUCCUCCAAUGACAGCAAGCUUAUAAAUGUUCAAUCGUUGCACGGUCACUCUGAUGCUAUUCAGGUGUCUCACACGCAGUGGUGUGUCGUCAGUGAGAUGAAUUCCUUCACGUAUGGAGGACUGACCUGUCCUGCUAACCACUCGUUUUGUUUAGAGGCAACUGAGGAUUUCUCAAUGGGCCAGAUUAACAUCCUUGGAAGGAUGCCACUGGAUGCAGAAAUUUCCCCAUGGUGGGAUGACACCUUCUAUGAACAAGGAACACAGGCCCUGGUUGACACGAUGGAUUUGGUGCAGAGAAUCAUCUCACAGACUGAAUACCACCUUUCACAAGCACAGGUAGAGACGAACCUGGCUCAAAAAACUGCAAAAAUUCUGUCCAGCUCAUCUACCCGUUCAGCCCUGAGUGCCUACACAUGGUGGGACUGGAUACUCCGGGGGUGCGCCGUCGGCAGUGCCCUCAUCUUCACCUUCACGUUGUUCCAGUGCUGUUAUUUCAGAUACCUCAUCAGAUCUCUAAAGACAUCUACCAACAUGGCUCUGGUCCUCAGCCAGUUACAGGUGCCAGCACUACAGAAAGUCUGACGACAGAAAGAAUCCAGCCAAAGAGCAAACAGUUAUGUCCCCGCAGGAACCCCUAUGAAUACCCCACAGGGCCAAAGGGAGAUUUAACUGUAAGAUUAUUGAUGCCAUUUGGCUAGAUCAGAAGAAGGUCACCGUCUGAAAAAACAAAGAACUCUCACGAGAAUCAACAUUUGAACUCUGUCUCGCAAGCCUAAAGCAAGACACCCAACUGAGAGAAACAAAAGCUCCACACCUUCACUCUUCCCCUCUCUCCCCUCAUUUCCAUCUGAACACAGGACACUGCAGAGAUCACCAAAACCACCUUUCUUAAAUCAGAGUUUAUAACAAGGCAACAAUUCAUGUUUGAUGCCGUUUGAAAGGUCUCUGUGUGUCUGGUAAAAGGGUCUCAUUCUCUUAACAAUAGAACAGGUAGCCAUAAAUAUUGAAAAUAGACUACUCCCAGGUCUUUCACACAAAUUACCUUCUGUAUGUAAAUGAGGUACAGACUCCCACAGAAAUCAAGAUAAUUCACUUGAAACCCCCUAAAGAGAAACAGACAAUACCAUUUGGUAUCUAUGGGGUUCUUGUGGAUAUUUAAGGGAGAGUGACAAAAAGCUCGGGGAAUCUGUAGGCAGAUCUCCCGCACAUCUGUUGUGCGUAGUCCUCAUUAUCAGGUAACAUUUAUAUAUUCUCUUAUUUCGGUAUUAUUGACUGUUUGUAUGAUUGAUUAAUUAUUUGCUAUUGUUUGAUUGGACUUUGAAUUAUUACGUUGAUUACCUGAUUAAUAAAUUGUUAUGUUUGAAUUCAUUCUGAUUACUCUGAAGUUAUUUUCUCAAG